UGACAACAGCAGCAGGUCGGCAGCAGCCAGAUGAUGAUGGCAGACUCUGGAAGUAACGAAGAAGUAGCUGUGAUCGGUAACACCGACAUCACUUCAACAGAAUCCGAGAACAACAUUAUAAACACGAUGGUUGAAAGAGGAACAGCUCUGUUAAGAAAAAUGGAGAUAAACGUGGCGGAGGCAGAGAAGAGAACAGGGAAGAACACGGUUAACAUGCAGGAAACCUAUACAGUCUACCUCAUAGAAACACGCCCGGCUGAAAAUGUUCCAGAAGGUGGUACGCCUGCUGCACCUGACACAUUGUGGAGACGCUACAGUGAGUUUGAGUUGCUCAGAACAUACCUCUUGGUCACCUACCCCUACAUCAUAAUCCCUCCACUGCCAGAGAAAAGGGCAGAGUUUGUGUGGCACAAGCUGUCAGCAGACAACCUCGACCCAGACUUUGUUGAGCGACGGAGAGUUGGCCUGGAAAACUUCCUGCUGCGUGUUGCAUCACAUCCUGUCCUCUCCAAUGACAAAAUCUUCUUCCUCUUUCUGACAGAGGAGAAAGGAUGGAGGGAGGCGGUUUUGGAGACAGGUUUUCAGGACAAGGCUGACUCCAGACUUAAGUCUCUGAGUGCCAUGUUCAGAGUCAAGAACCCUGACAAGAGGUUCACAGCACUGAAACAGUACAGUGAUGAACUCAACACUGUCAUCUCUCAGUUACUGAGGGUGCGGGCGAAAGUAGCAGACAGGCUGUAUGGAGUUUACAAGGUCCAUGGUAACUACGGCAGAGUCUUUAGCGAGUGGAGUGCUAUUGAAAAAGAGAUGGGAGACGGACUACAGAGUGCUGGCCACCACAUGGACACGUAUGCCGCAUCAAUAGAUGAUAUUCUGGAGGAAGAAGAACACUAUGCAGACCAACUGAAAGAAUACCUUUUCUACACUGAUGCUGUUAGGUCAGUCUGUAGGAAACAUGAGCUGAUCCAGUAUGAGUUGGAGAUGGUAGCUCAGGACCUCGUCCAUAAGAAACAACAGAAAGAAGAGCUGGUUACAGGGACAGUGCGAGUAUUUUCUCUGAAGGGGAUGACCAGCAAACUUUUCGGCCAAGAGAGCCAAGAGCAGAGGGAGAGCAGGCUGGCAGCCCUGGAGCAGAGUAUUCAGGAGGGAGAGCAAACGCUCAAGGAGAAGAACACAGAAUGCCAAGAGUUUGUGAGAACCGCCUGGGAAGACAUUGAACGAUUUAAGGAGCAGAAGGACAAAGACUUGCGUGAAGCACUAAUCAGCUAUGCCAUUAUGCAGAUCAGCAUGUGUAAGAAGGGAAUCCAGGUGUGGUCCAACGCCAAGGAGUGUUUCAACAAAAUGUGAGCCACUUUCCAGCCUAUCACUCUCCUGCACCAAAAUAAUAGUGAAAUCAGAUUGUCCAGAAAGGGACCAUCAGCCAAUCAUUAAAUUACAGUCUUACAGAGCUGGACCACGGGAGCCCAAAUACUGCCCUCAUUUUUUUUGCUACGCUGAAUAAUUCUGUUUUCUCUCACACACACUCAUACAUGCACACAUUUAUUCCGAAACAGUUUCCAAGUCGGAGUCAUGAAGUGGAUCCAUGCCUUUUAUUUCCAGAUGUCUUAACAGUACCAUUCUGCUGGUAUAACUUUCAUACUGCAGAUGAUAUAAAUUUUCAAUUCUUUUUUCUCCCUUGUUGCACAACUGACAGCAUGUCCAAGAGGAAAAUCCUGCACUGUGUAAAAGUUGCGCAUCGGGGAUCGCUGUGCAGUGUAUAUCAGUACUUGUUACACUUCUUUUGACUUAUCUCUCACCCUGAAAAUAGGGAAAAUGUCAGAAGCUGAGCAUUUCAGUCAGUGGUUCAUUUGAUUCUUUUCAGAGUCACCGGCCUUAGAGAAAUUAAAACAAACUUUUGUGCCUUUCCAUAUUUUACUUUUACUCUCUGUUGAUUAUAUUUUAAAUGGAAACAGAGUGAAAAAACAACAUCAAGCCUGUUUGGUUCAUUUUUAAAAAAAAAUUCACUCAGCUAAAGGAUUUAAGUUUUACAUUGAUUAGCCUGUCAUCUAAAAAAAAAUCAUAUUGUCCCUCUGCAAGAGAAUCUAUAACUGUCCCCAGGGCUUCCAAAUGUAGCAGAACUGUGUGUUAAAAUAAUAAUUGGGCAGCGUUAAGGAUUCAGUGUUACCCCUUUUCUACCAAAGUAGCUCUGGUUCCUGAGCCAGUUCUGUUCAGGACUCUUGGAACCUUGGUGCUAUCAAGCAAACCAGCCUGCAAGAUCCAUUACAAACAAGGAUGGCCCAUCAACGGAGAGCAUUGCACAAUGCACAACAGAAGUAAUCAGUAGUAGCAAAAUUGCAGAUUACAUUAAUUACUUGUGAACUUUUGUCCUGUUAUUAAAGAUAUUUCUUUUUAUCCAGAAAUAACAAGUAUUAACAAACUAUUAAUGAGACCACUGCAUACUCUUUGUUGUCUGACGAUUUCUCACUUGAUCCAUUGUUGCCUUCUCCAUUCUCUUUUUCUAACUGGUAGAAUAUGACACCCACUGAUGUCACAGUUUGCACAUCAAAUCAAGGAAAACUUGCUUUUUUUUUUGCUCUAGCAGAUAACCCUAACUUUUCGAGUUCUGAACCAAUUUAGUUUUGAUCGAAAUGCUCUAAACGGUACUAAAUUAGUCGCAGGAUCUGGAACGGAACCAGUUCCAUGUUGGUGGAAAAGGGGUUAUAUGAGAGUUGUUGCCAGGAAUUAAUUCCAAAAUAUUUCUACCACUUCUACCAAGUGUAAUCUUUUGAAAAUAAAAAUGUCAGACAGAGAAGGAUCACAAAUAAGAAAUCAGAUUGUAAAGAAACAUGAACCAUUCUUCAGAAAGUCACUACACAUUCGCUUUCUUUUCUUUUUUCUUUUGAAAUAUGUUUCAUACACGGAAUGCUGAAGUCAGCCAUGCUGUUAUUCAUCAUUAACCGACCAAAGUGCUUAUGACCAAGCGCUACUCCGUAGUGUACGGAUCAUGGGUGGGAAGCAGAGGAAAGGGGUUGACAAGCUUGGGGUAGUUUUGGUUAUUGAUAUUGUUUUAUUAUUGUUUGCUUUGUGCCAAAAACAAAGAGCCAAUCAUGAAGACCCUACAGCGUUUGGUUACACUAGAGCCUUCUUUACUGAACUCCUUAAUGGAGGUAAUUUGGAGGACUGAAACAUGGCGCCUGAUCUACCAAGUGCAACCAGAACUGUUGUUAAAAGCAACACACAUACAGAUUGGUAGUUUUUGGUGUCAAACUUAACAGCUUUAAUACGCACAUUGGCUGUGUGCUACAGGGGAGAGACAAAAAAGUAGUUCUGGUCACCUUCAAUAUGCCUCACCCCUUUUUCUGAUGUUAAGUUACUGAACGAAAUAAUAGACGUGAGUUCCAAGCAUGCCUUGGGUCAGUGUUAAUGGGAAAAAAUAUUGACCAAAUAGUACAGAUCUGUUGGAUCCUCAAAAUCUGAAUCAAUACAAAUGAUAUACACACAAAAGAUGUGUGACUUUUGCCUCCUUUAUUAUAUUCAUCUAAGGAGGAAAGAUUGGCGCAAAGUGCAUUUAAACAUUGAGCAGGGAUUACUCCUGUCAGCUAACCCUACCCCUUCAGAAUAAACAAUCAGUUCUCUGAAAUAAUCCCAAAUUGAGGCUUUAUGUAUGUUUUUAUAAUAAAUGUGUUAAAUGAGAGAUUUUUAUGUUUAUGUAAUCAAUGUGCUAAGACACUAAUAAACUUUCAAUUUCUUUUCCUUUUUUAA